UGCAGACCAAAAUCACCUGAGAAGUCAUUCAGAGCUUUUGCUUUUUGCAAGAGUUGGGGUGGUCAUGGCAGGCCAUUUGGGUUGGGGUAUAAUAGAAGAAGAGGGCUGGAGGAAGGGACCUUGGACUGCUGAGGAAGAUAAAUUGCUUUUUGAGUAUGUCAGGCUGCAUGGUGAAGGACGAUGGAACUCUGUUGCUAGGAUUGUAGGGUUAAAAAGGAAUGGGAAGAGCUGUAGAUUGAGAUGGGUUAAUUAUUUGAGGCCAGACCUCAAGAGGGGGCAGAUAACCCCUCAUGAAGAGAGCAUAAUUCUAGAGCUGCAUGCUAGGUGGGGGAACAGGUGGUCAACAAUUGCUCGAAGCUUGCCAGGAAGAACAGACAAUGAGAUAAAAAAUUACUGGAGGACCCAUUUCAAGAAAAAAGCUAAAGUCCCUUCUGAUGCUUCUAAAAAGGCAAAAACUCGACUCCUAAGGAAGCAGCAAUUUCAUCAGCAGCAGCAGCAACAACAACAACAACAACAAUGUCAACAAAUACAACAACAACAACAACAGUUGCAGAUGAAUCAAGUGGACAUGGAAAGGAUCAUGGCCCUGCUCGAUGAAAACGAGCAUAGAGCAACAUCUCAACCUCAGGUGAAGCAUGGGAUGACCACCAUUUUCCCAAACACCAUCGAGGAGCAGAAUUAUCUUUCCUCCUUGCUCCAUAGCAACUUGCCUGUUCCUGAGGCCUCAAACGAGGAUAUAAUAUGGGAUGGAUUGUGGAUGGAUGAUGUCCAUGGCAACUUCAAUAUUGUAGCAAGUGCGACAAGCAGAGCUUCUUUGCAUAAUCUAGUCACUCCCUUCAGUUAAAGUUUGACAAAUCUCAGUUUUCUUAGCUUACUAUAUCACUACCUUUUCAUUGAAGUGAUCAGGCUCUUAAAUAGGGGCUUCAAACUGCUGCACAUAUGCAGAACAUCUGGGCUUUUCAUGAUGCAGUCUGGGCAAACUACUAUGUAUUUUGACAAUAAAGUGGUCGAAAACAUCACGUGUGUGGCACGUAACAUGAAAAGGGUUAUUUUAGUUGUUGUACUCCAAUUAUUAAACCAGCCCUUGGGGAGGUUUAAAUAUCUUUCAUGUUUCAGCCAGUGGUAUCGUGCUGCAAUUAUUCAUAGGGGCUUUGUGUUGAUUCCCGGAAGGUACAAAGAUCAAUACAAGAAAAGAAAAGGGCUUAGUUU